AUGCCCGCUGGCACUAAGAAAUAUUUCCUCAAGUGUGCCACUGGGAAACUAGCCGAGGUACAAAUGUGGGGAGAGCACUAUUCUGCUGGCAUUAUAGCAGAGCAUUUGCCCGACUUUGGCCCCCAACCAGUUGGUAAGGGGGAAUAUUAUGAUGAGACAGGGGCUCAUGUCUACUUCUACCUGAUGAACUACCAUGGCAUGGAUCAGGAGAGCCCUCCCGAUCCUGCCGAACUCGCGUUUGCGAUCGCUGAACUCCACCGGAAAGUGAAAUCCCCCAAUGGAAUGUUCGGAUAUCCACUGGUCACUGGUCGUGAGUACGACGCAGCCUGCAAGCAACUCAUAGACAAAGUCGUUCCUCGACUUCUUGGAGCGCUUGAGUCUGAGGGUCGGAGCAUAACACCUACGCUCUGCCAUGGGGACCUCUGGGAGGGCAACGUCGCUACUAAUAUGGAGACGGGCAAGAUCAUCAUCUUCGAUCCCAACGAGUGUAUGUACGCACAUAACGAGAUUGAGUUUGGGACUUGGCGGUGCACCUGGGCGACUCACUUCCAGUCGCCUAUGUACGUCAUGGCCUAUCGACGUGAGAUUGAACUUUCCGAGCCGGUCGAGGAAUGGGAUGAUCGCAAUAGACUCUAUUCAAUCAAGGCGUCAAUCUGCGACUCAGCGGGUCAUAUAGGGAGCAACUCAAGAAAUCUUGCAUAUAACGACAUGUUAUAUCUCUGCGCGAAGUAUGCCCCACUCGAAUCUCUCGAGAAAUACGAUCCAGAGAAAGACAUCAGUGUCACAGGAGUUCGGGAAGCUUACGAUUUGAUGGCUGGGGUAAAAAUUCAAAUUUAA